CUCGCCGCCUUCCGCCCCCCAUGUGGUCGGGCGCGAGAUGCGGGCGGGUCACGGAAGCAGCUCCUGCGUGAAUUUCAUCCUCUACCAAUCAUCCCACCAGAUCAAGCAUGGGCGGACGCAAGAUCACCGCCAAAAGCAUCAAGCGCAAAGAUGCGCCUACGCACCCCAAGUCUCGUCGUGCCCACCAGCUCGAGCGAGUGGCUCUUCGAGACGUCAAGCUCUCUUCCCGCAAGACGGAACGCAACCGUGCCGUUGAGCAUCGCGUAGAACGCAUUCUCGCCCUCCUCCUCCUCCUUCCCGACGAGAUACCUUGCCUUCCCGAUCUGCCGGCCCUGCACACCUUCAUGGAGGCGUCCUUCCUCACUCGCAGAGAUGCCGAGCUGGAAGAGGAGGUAGCGAAGAGGCGACCAGGGAGACCGCCUAGCAAGCAGGAGGUAGAGCUCAAGGAGGUCAUUGCGGCGGAGAGGAGGGAGUACAUGGAGCAGAUGGAGGUUCCAGAUCUACUGCACGAGGAGAAUGUCAAGUUGAUGAGGCAGUGGGAGGGUGAUGCGCAGGCGUUGGGCUUGUAUCGAUUCGUGAGGAUCAGUGGAACGCAUCGCGAGCAGUACGUCCAGACGCAGGCUGGGCGACACAAGGAUCUCGAGAUCGCAGAUGCCGCAAUGAAGAAGGUCAUGGGCGGCGACGAGGAGAUGGCUGCUGAGGCUUGAGGUUGAGAGCCGGACACCUGGCUCGCUCUG